AUGUCUAGUAUUAGUGAUCAAAUUCCCGAUCUCCUAGACGGUCUUGAACUUGUACAGCACGAGCUUACACACUCUCCCUCCUCCUCUCAUCCACCUGGCAGCACUCCAACGGCAGCGCCAAGAAAUAAAGCAGCCUUGAAGCCUGACACGGUGCCCCCAGACGGCAUACCCCUUUCACGGCCCAUUGCCAUCCCACAAGUCAGGCACGGAAGAGGCCGGCCGUUUGUGCGUGCCUACCCGCCUUCGCUCGAGGUCCACGCCAUCACGCAAGCAAAAUUCCUCGAAUUCCUCGACGGCCUCAACAUUGUGUCCACAGCAAACCCGCCACUGAGAGCACUCAACACCGCCGGCGAUCUGGUCACCAACGUCCCGUAUCACUGGGCUCUCCUUGCCGGCUAUGGCAUGCAGGCGGUGGCUGAGCUGGGCACAGUAGUGGUGAGCAGGUCGCGGACCAAAAGUUACGUGAAGAAGAUGAAUGAGAAGCUGUUUGAGCCGCGAGGGCUGCACGUGGACAUUUUCUCAACGGCCAAAAUGAAGGAAGCCCUCGGGAUACCGGAGGAGCACCCCGUGAUAGCGCCGCUGACGCAAGAGACCGUGGAGAAGACCGCAGUCGAGCGACAACUAUUGGGCAUCAGACAGCACAAUGCCGAUCUGGAUUUAAAAGUUCCGCCACCGGCAAAGCCGGAAAAACUUUUGGAUCGAUGGAGUGCGCGACAUGUAAAAAAGCAGAUGGAGAAGAGCAAGAAAAAGGCUUUGAAGAAGAAUAAAAAGGCCGUCAACAAGGCUGAUACGAAAAGGGACCACAAGGAAGAGCAAAAGACGAGAAAAAUUUCUUGGAUUGUCAUUACAAGUCUAUAG